CGACAUGAACAGAAGCUCAUCGCAUACACAGCGAGGGAGAAAGAAAACCGUUGUUGAUGACAUGAGGUCAUUAUCUCAUUGGCUUCAAGAAUAUGAAUAAUGAUGUUAUUCUUUUUCUUCUCUACUCUGCUCUUAAGUGGUAUCUGUUUCAUGCUAUCCAUGCUGUGGGUGGUGUAGAGCUUUAACUCAGGAUGUUCCUGCAGGUUCCUCAAAGGGCAGAGCAGCAGGAGGCUGGAGGAGUGCAGGGUGGGGCCCCAGGCUCCUGGGGCUCCUGGGGGCCUUGGUCCUCCUGCUCCCGCUCCUGUGGGGGAGGGGUUCAGGAACAGAACCGACCCUGCCUACCCUCCCACACCCCCUCCAUGGGUGCUGUUGCUUACCCCUCCAGGCCGGAUGGCCACCACCCCAACCAGAACCCAGGCCAUGUAGUGUCUGCCCUAAGACCCACUGUCCCACUGCACCGCACCAACCCUGGGAGACCCCCACCGUCCAUCAGCAACACCAGCUUGGCCCGCCGAGGAGAGCUGAGGGACCAGCAGAGAGACAGAGAGGCCAAUGCUGGACACAGGAGGGGCAGUGACAGUCCCAUCAUUCCAGGGAAGUAUGGCUAUGGGAGGAUGCCUUACGUUGUGUCUCUCCAGACUGACACAGGCCAGAGGUCUGGGAUAGAGACAGGGACUGGUCUCUCCCACAGACAGAGACGCUCCCCACUCUCUGACCCCAGCCCGUCAGCCACCAGGCACGGAGGCCACAGGCCUAACCCCUAUCGGCCACCCUACAACAACCCCCAUCUCCACAGCUACAGCCCAGUCCAUCACCAGCCCCCAGCCCCCCAACCCAGGUCUAACCCUAACCCAGCCUCCCUUCCCAGGUCUAACCAUAACCCAGCCACCCCUCCCAGGGCUGACCAUAACUCUAACUCUAACCCUAACCCAGCCUCCCAGCCCAAGUCUAACCCUAAUCCAGCCUCCCAGCAUAGGUCUAACCUUAAUCCAGCCUCCCAGCCCAGGGCUAACCCCAACUCUAACCCCAAACCAGCCCCCCAGCCCAGGGCUAACCCUAACUCUAACCCCAACCCAGCCCCCCAGCCCAGGUCUAACCCUGACUCUAACCCCAACCCAGCCCUCCAGCCCAAUUCUAACCCACCCUGGUCCUCCUCACUCUACCAGCCCAGCCAGAGGCACCAACCUAGGCAGGAGCAGCAGCACUCAUCCAGCGUGGCCUCAGCGGCUCAGCAACCCUUUGGACGGCCCUACAACCCACUGCCCACCUCCUCCUGUGUGGGAGAGCACAACCAGUACAAGAUUUGCAACACCGAUGCCUGUCCUCCAGCCAGCAGACACAUCAGAGCGGUGCAGUGUUCUUCCUACAACAGCUAUCCCUUCAUGGGUCGACUGUACGAGUGGGAGCCUUUCAAUGAAGUUUCAGGGGACCAGCGUUGUGAGCUCAACUGUCGUGCGAUCGGUUUCCGCUUCUAUGUGCGUCAGUCGGAUAGGGUCAUCGAUGGGACGCCGUGCGGCCAGAACGAGACUUCCAUCUGUGUGGCAGGGAGGUGUCAGAGUCUGGGCUGCGAUGAAUACCUGGGCUCAGGCAAGGUGAUGGACAAAUGUGGGGUGUGUGGCGGGGACAACACGGCCUGUAAGCUGGUGUCAGGGCUCUUCCAGCAGCACAGCCUGAACAAGGUGGGCUACCACAAGAUAGUGGAGAUCCCAGAGGGAGCCACCAAGAUCAACGUCACCGAGACGGUGAAGAGCAGGAAUUACCUGGCUCUGAAAAGCCGCUCAGGUCGCUCCAUCAUCAAUGGGAACUGGGCCAUUGACCGGCCAGGGGAGUAUGAGGGGGUGGGCACCAUGUUCACCUACCGACGACCAAAUGAGGUCACCAGCACCGCCGGGGAGUCCUUCCUGGCUGAGGGGCCAACCAAUGAGAUCCUGGAUGUUUAUGUGAUCUACCAGCAGCCCAACCCAGGAGUGAGCUAUGAAUUCAUCCUUCCCUCUGACAACCCUCCACAGCACCCCGACUACAGACCUGGAGGGAACACUCUGUAUGGGCAAAGUGGGAAUGAUCACCGGGGCAACCCCAACCAGGAGGGGUACGAUCCAGCAGGAGGGGGCAAGUACCCUCCCCAGGUACCCAACAACCAGGUGCCAGCAGUCCUGUCACCCAGACGUCAGAGAGAAUACAACUGGAAACUGUCUGGGGCAACAGAAUGUAGCGCCUCCUGUGGCAGAGGUAGCAGGUACACCAUUUUCCGCUGUGUCCACAGACUGAGCCAUGAGCAGGUACCAGAGAACCAGUGUGACAGCAGCACCAGGCCCAGUUCACAGGAAGAGCCCUGCAACCUUCAGUCCUGCCCUGCCUUCUGGGACAUUGGUGAGUGGUCGGAGUGCAGUAAGACAUGUGGCCUGGGUAUGCAGCACCGCCAGGUCUUGUGCAGGCAGGUGUAUGCCAACCGGACCCUUAACGUCCACACCAGCCGCUGCCGCCACCUGGAGCAGCCCGAGACCACCAGCACCUGCCAGCUGAAAAUCUGCAGCGAGUGGCAGAUACAAACCGAGUGGAGCGCAUGCUAUGUUCCCUGUGGCGUGGGCCAGAGGACCAGGGAGGUGCACUGUGUCAGCAACGUGGGAGACUUUGUGUCGGACGAGGAGUGCAACAUGAAGCUGCGACCCAGUGACAAUGAGAACUGUGACAUGGGGCCCUGUGCUAAAAGUUGGUUCUUCACUGAGUGGGGGAAUAAGUGUUCUGCUGAGUGUGGGAUGGGUGUGCGGACCCGAGGCGUACUGUGCCUGACCAAUCACAUCAGCAGCUUGCCUCUGGAGGGGUGUGGCCAUGAGCGCCCCACUGACUCUCAGGUCUGUAAUCACGGCCCCUGUGAGAGUCGCAUCGAGUGGUUUACAGCCCCCUGGAGUCAGUGCUCAACGGAGUGUGGCUCGGGCAGCCAGCAGAGGGCAGUGGUGUGUCUGAUGAAGACUGACGAGGGGUUCAAUGUAAUGCCGCCCUACGAAUGUUCUUCUCUAGACAAGCCUCUUAAUCAGCAGAGCUGCCACCUCAAGCCCUGUGGGGCCAUGUGGUACCACACAGACUGGAGCGCUUGUUCUAAGACGUGUGAGGGGGGCUUCCGUGUGAGGGAGGUGCGCUGUCUGUCUGAUGACAUGCUUUCCGGUGAGGGCUGUGAGGAGGAGCUGAAACCAGUGGAGAGAGAGGAGUGCAACCCAGAGCCCUGCGUGCCACACAUAGACGAGAACUGUCGAGACAAGUAUUUCAACUGCAAUGUGGUGGUCCAGGCACGUCUCUGUGUGUACGACUACUACAAGACAACCUGUUGUGCCUCCUGCACACGAGUGGCCCACAGACAGUCACAACACAGGGCACUCAGCUAGCCCCCUCUCCCCAGGCCUCAGACCUCUAUGGGGCCUGACACAGCGCCCAGAGCAGGCCAUCAGUCCCUGGGCCAAACACACUGACCCACAGUGGAGAGGACAGCCUAGAACCUGACUCUGGGUGGACAUUGACUGGACACUAUAAUAUGAGUGCUGAAGAUACAGACUGAAAAACUGAAAGACUGCAAAGAAAGGAAGUGAAAGCCCAACUUGUUUUUGGCAUGUGAGGAGAUUGCCAAUGGGCAAUACGUGAAACUGAAUGGUUCGUGGAGGAUGGUUGUGAAGGACACGUUUAACAGGGCUAUGAGUGGAGGAGCUCUGGUGAGGCGAGAUGAUAGACAGGACACCAAACCGAAGAAUCUGGAACCACUUUAUGGACUGUAACCAGAAUCCCCUCCAGUAAAAGUUCCCGUCUGGGUUUAUAUUGUGUUUCAUGGGAAGCAGUUUGCCGCUGCCAUUCACCUGAAUGGACUAAGGUCUUGAAAAAGGUCUUUGGCCGAAACGUUGACAGAAUAAACUGCUACCGCAUCUGUGA